UUCAAGUAUUCACCAUGGAACUCAGCGUUAAAUAGAUUGGAUUGGAUAAACAAGAUAAUGCUUUCUCUUUUUGUUUUUUGUAGAAGGCCAUCAUUGGUGAUAAGAAAUUGAGACCAGAAACAAAGAAAGAUCGAAAUCUCAAGGCCUUAAAAGGAAAGUAUAGUUUAGCCCAUUUUCUUCUCGUAAUCUUACUGUUCACUCACUCCUCCACUUUCGGCCAAAAAUAACAGAAAUCCCCGGACCACCACCAAUGCCAAUCUUCAAAACCCCAUUCAACGGCUACUCCGUCAAGUUCAGCCCUUUUUACGAAUCGCGUCUCGCCGUCGCCACUUCCCAGAACUUUGGAAUCCUCGGAAAUGGCCGUCUUCACGUUCUCUCCCUGCCUCCUACUCCCUCCUCCCCACUCACCGAACUCAUCUCCUUCGAUACUGCUGAUGGCAUCUACGACCUUGCCUGGUCUGAAUCCCACGAUUCCCUCUUAAUCGCCGCUGUGGCCGAUGGCUCUGUCAAGCUCUACGACACCGCCUUACCCCCAACACAAAACCCGCUUCGCUCCCUCCAGGAGCACACGCGUGAAGUCCACUCCGUCGAUUACAACCCCACUCGCCGCGAUUCUUUCAUCACCUCUUCCUGGGAUGAUACCAUUAAAUUAUGGACCCUUGACAGGCCGGCGAGCAUUCGUACGUUUAAAGAACACGCGUACUGUGUUUAUUCUGCUGCGUGGAACCCUAGGCAUACGGAUGUUUUUGCAUCUGCUUCAGGGGAUUGUACUUUGCGAAUCUGGGACGUGCGUGAGCCUGGAAGUACGAUGAUAAUUCCAGGUCAUGAUUUUGAGAUUUUGUGUUGUGAUUGGAAUAAAUACGAUGAUUGUAUUAUUGCUACUGCAUCAGUGGAUAAGAGUAUAAGAGUUUGGGAUGUGCGGAGUUUUAGAGCUCCGAUUUCGGUUUUGAACGGACAUGGGUAUGCCGUUAAAAAAGUUAAGUUUUCUCCCCAUCAUAGGAAUUUUAUGGUUUCCUGUUCUUAUGAUAUGACUGUUUGUAUGUGGGACUUUAUGGUGGAGGAUGCAUUGGUUGGGAGGUAUGAUCAUCAUACCGAGUUUGCUGUGGGGGUUGAUAUGAGUGUCCUAGUUGAUGGGUUGUUGGCAAGCACAGGGUGGGAUGAGUUGGUUUAUGUUUGGCAGCAUGGGACGGACCCGAGAGCACCUUGACAAAGGGAAGUUUUUUUUUUUUUAAAAAAAAAAAUUGUUUCUAACUUGUUCUUUGUUAGAGUUUUGGUAUUUUUGAAUGGAAUUCGUAUGUUUAGUAGUAAAAGCAUAAAUGUGGAAGCUAUCUUUGUUGUACUGGUUGUUUAUUUAUCUUGUAGUUGCGAUAUAUGUCUGAAUGGAUGACAUUGUUUAAUAAUGUGCUUAGCAGCCCUGCAUAUCAGUUUUAAUAACACAAAAUGGUGGUGUAGUUUUUUGCUAUGAUGAA